GAGAAAUACACAUACCUGUGAAAAUUAAUUGAAUAAAAUAAUUAUCUGAGGGUCGCAGAUGUAAAGCACAGAAGCUGAUGCUCACAUUUGAUUGAAGCGCCCGCAAAGCAAAAAUUCAGCGCUGCUGGAAUACCUAAAUAAUCUCAAAAAAUAAUACCACAAUAAUACCAAGCAACAACAAAAAUGAGUCAGUCUACAGUCUCCUGUCUGCCACCAAAAAUGUCGAAGGCAAAGAAAGUGUUGGAUGAAGCGCGAGAAACGGGCGAAUGUGAACUGGACUUGGUGGAAAAGGGUCUAGUAUCCUUCGAGGAGCUGCCCGGCUUGUUCAACAUGUCCAACAUCACGCGUCUCACGCUCUCCCACAACAAAAUCAGUCUUAUUAAUCCCGGAAUCGCCAAUCUGUUGAACCUGGAAAUACUAAAUCUCUCGAACAACCAGCUGCGAGAGUUGCCCGUCUCGCUGUCCUCCAUGCCCAAGCUGCGCAUUCUGAAUGUAUGCAUCAAUCGGUUGGACAACUUGCCUCGCGGUUUCGGCGCCUUCCCCGUGCUCGAAGUGCUCGAUUUGUCGUACAACAAUCUCAAUGAGCAAGUCCUUCCUGGAAAUUUCUUUGGCAUGGAGACUUUGCGUGCCUUGUAUUUGGGCGACAACGAUUUCGAGUACUUGCCCAAGGAGGUGGGUCAGCUGAAGAACCUGCAGAUACUAGGCUUGCGGGAUAACGAUCUUCUGGAGCUGCCCCGUGAGGUUGGCGAUUUGGCGCGUUUGCGUGAGCUGCACAUUCAAAACAAUCGGCUACAGGUUCUACCACCCGAGGUGGCACAAUUGGAUCUGCUGAGCAACAAGUCGGUAAUGAAAAUGGAGGAGAAUCCCUGGGUUAAUCCCAUAGCUGAACAAUAUCUGCUGGGCAUAAGUCAUGUAAUAGAGUAUCUGAAAACAGAUACCUACAAAAUCAUCUACAAUCGUCACAUGCAGGGCGGUCGUAGUGGACCGCCACCGCCGAAGGCUGACAAAAGCAAGAAGGCCUCCAGAGUGCGUGCCUAGGAUAAAGCCUGGGCGGGGCUGAAGCUGAGGCUUCCCCCAAAUCCCAAGUGUUCGUCGUUGCGGCUUGUCCAGCCAAGAUCUUUGACAGCGUUGUGUGUUUCAUUGUUAACCAAAAAAAGCGUUUAUUUGUAUACUAAUUUAUAAGUGUGUAUGUAUUUUUAUGUGUAUUUUUAUAAAGUGCCUUUACAUUUGCUAACAAAUGCG